UUUAAAACAAUAUAAUUGGUUUUCAAAAAGUUCAAGAAAAUGUUUGUGCAUGUUUCCCUUUGUUGGCGGAAUUGUUUCUAUUAACCAGUGGUUCUCAACCUUGGCUACACAUUGGAAUCACCUGAGAAGUUAACAAUACUAACAAUUCACAGAAUCUCUUGGGGAGAUCUGAUGAGGCCUUGGCAUCAAUAUUUUUUAAAAGCUCUGUGAGGUGACAGGAAUACAUCCAGGGAUGAGAAUGACUGCUAUGUUGAAAGGAAAUGUCAGAUCAGCCUGAAUCUAGCUUAUCACACAUGUGAAUAGGCAGACUUUGCAGAUGGUGAGAUUUUAUUCUAGGAUUGUGGAGGCCUUGACAAAUUUGAGGGACUCGUACCCAGUCUGAAAAGGACUCAACCCUAAAGACUGAUCACUGGAGAUUCCAUCGUUAGUGCUGAGGCAGUAUGGGAUCACGUCACCAUGGCCAACCGGGAGUUGGCAUUUAAAGCUGGCGACGUCAUCAAAGUCUUGGAUGCUUCCAACAAGGAUUGGUGGUGGGGCCAGAUCGACGAUGAGGAGGGAUGGUUUCCUGCCAGCUUUGUGAGGCUCUGGGUGAACCAGGAGGAUGGGGUGGAGGAAGGGCCCAGUGAUGUGCAGAAUGGGCACCUGGACCCCAACUCAGACUGCCUCUGUCUGGGCCGGCCACUACAGAACCGGGACCAGAUGCGAGCCAAUGUCAUCAAUGAGAUCAUGAGCACUGAACGUCAUUACAUCAAGCACCUCAAGGACAUUUGUGAGGGCUACCUGAAGCAAUGCCGGAAGAGAAGGGACAUGUUCAGUGAUGAGCAACUGAAGGUGAUCUUUGGAAACAUUGAAGACAUCUAUAGGUUUCAGAUGGGCUUCGUAAGAGACCUGGAAAAACAGUACAACAAUGAUGAUCCCCACCUCAGUGAGAUAGGACCCUGCUUCCUGGAGCACCAAGAUGGAUUCUGGAUAUACUCUGAGUAUUGUAACAACCACCUGGAUGCCUGCAUGGAACUCUCCAAACUUAUGAAGGACAGCCGCUACCAGCACUUCUUUGAGGCCUGUCGCCUCUUGCAGCAAAUGAUUGACAUUGCUAUCGAUGGUUUCCUUUUGACUCCAGUACAGAAGAUCUGCAAAUAUCCCUUACAACUGGCUGAACUCCUCAAGUAUACUGCCCAGGACCAUAGUGACUACAGAUAUGUGGCAGCUGCUCUGGCUGUCAUGAGAAAUGUGACUCAGCAGAUCAAUGAACGCAAGCGGCGUUUGGAGAAUAUUGAUAAGAUUGCCCAGUGGCAGGCAUCUGUCCUAGACUGGGAGGGUGAGGACAUCCUAGACAGGAGCUCGGAGCUGAUCUACACUGGGGAAAUGGCCUGGAUCUACCAGCCCUAUGGCCGCAACCAGCAGCGGGUCUUCUUCCUGUUUGACCACCAGAUGGUCCUCUGCAAGAAGGAUCUGAUCCGAAGAGACAUCCUGUACUACAAAGGCCGCAUUGACAUGGAUAAAUAUGAGGUAGUUGACAUUGAAGAUGGCAGAGAUGAUGAUUUUAAUGUCAGCAUGAAAAAUGCCUUCAAGCUUCACAACAAGGAAACUGAGGAGAUACAUCUAUUCUUUGCCAAAAAGCUGGAGGAGAAGAUACGCUGGCUCAGAGCUUUCAGAGAAGAGAGGAAAAUGGUACAGGAAGAUGAAAAAAUUGGCUUUGAAAUUUCUGAAAACCAGAAGAGGCAGGCUGCAAUGACUGUGAGAAAAGUCCCUAAACAAAAAGGUGUCAACUCUGCCCGCUCAAUUCCUCCUUCCUACCCACCACCGCAGGACCCGUUAAACCAGGGCCAGUACCUGGUCCCGGAUGGCAUCGCUCAGUCGCAGGUCUUUGAGUUCACCGAACCCAAGCGCAGCCAGUCACCAUUCUGGCAAAAUUUCAGCAGAUUACAGGUGGCAUUUCUUGGAGUCUAUGAAGGGGUCAAGACAGAGCACACCUGAUCAAGAUCAUCAGCUGCCUUCAAAUUAUUGACCUGGACAGGAUCCAAGGCUGACCAUAACCUCUUAAAGGAAAGAACAGGAAUGGGCAUGGAAAGAGGCAGCCCUAGCCCAAGAUAUAUACCUGCAGUUCCUACCACUCCAGUUAUAUGAAAUUUCCCCUAUUGUUAACAGAUUGCAUGGACAGUCUUCCGUGACUCCUGCCUUUUCCUCUCCCUGUUGUCCUUCAUUCUCCUAUUCUCCUGGCACAGGAAAAUUACUGCUAUUAGCAUAGUUAAAGAACUUCUGUCACUCUAAGAAAGCCCUAUGUCCAACAUUCUCCCAUCCCAGGACAUUUGAAGUAAGUAAGUGAGGAGCCCAGUGAGGCUUCCCUAUGGAGAAAAGAUCUGAGGUAGAGACACUACCCUCAGGCUCAUAUUUUGCAGGCUUUAUACUUAGGAAAAACUAACUUCUCCCACUAAAAGGCAGGGUCCCUAUGGGUGCAAGAGUACCUGUUCUUCCUCCCCACAUAGCCCUUUAGGUGGGCAGACCUUGAACAGCAAGAAUAAUGGAGUACAAAGGAGUAAGAAUGGGCCCUACUAUGAAGAACCACUCUAGUGAGGAAUCUGGAAAUUUUGAGUCUGUUCUGGACCCCAGGAGAAAACUGUCAUGAAAGGACUUCAGCUUACUGAGCAGCAGCCAUGGCUACAUGAAGCCCUCAGCACAGCUAACUUGAUUGCUGCUCUAUGCCUCCUGACCCAGACCAGGCCCUGCCCAGCCUAGGAAUUAUUCCUCUUUGGGAAUCAAAUUACAAGCUCUUUAUGCUGCCAUUCCACCACAUUCAAAUCAGACUUGUGGAGUAAGUCAAGGGUAAGCCUGAGCUGGGCAGAGGGCUGGGGCUCGGGACUGGCCACAACUGCUCAGCAAAUGACCCAGCUACUUAAGCCUCCCUUGGCAAGGAACCUGGUACCCAGUGCCUAAGCUAAAAUGGUCUCCCUGGCAAACAGCAUGUGUUUCAGUAACUGUGUAGGCCUCCCUUAAGUAUACAUCCUUUUCCUACUUUCCGUUCCUCUCCACUAGGCUUAAUCUUGACGUUUUUCUCCAGGGACUAGGAAUAAACCAAGAGCGGAUGGUUGGCCAAGUCCCUGGGCCUACAGCAUCUCUUAGCCAAGCCUCCUUGUCCUCCCUCCAUUCCCUUCCCCCUGAGCCUGUGACCAGAGCUCCAGGAUCAGGGAUGUUACCUCUUGCCACCCACCUCUCAUCUACCCAAACCACUGGCCUCACCAGAUACCAAGAACUUGUGAAAACAACAAGAGAUCAGUUCACCAUUGGUUGGAGUAUUCCCCAGCCUAUGGCAGCAAAGCAGACCAGUGACCAACAGCCCCAAGGGGAGCCCUAUUACCUGGGAUCAGGGUCCAGGUCUAUUCUGUGCCCCACAGCAGUGCUAUCCCCAAGAAUUCUGUAAAUCUCUUCUAUGUGUGCAUGGCCCCCAAGCUCCCCUUUCCUCAACUCAAUGAGGCCUGGAUUUGCUCUCCAAAAGGCUUUGCUAGUGUAUUUUUUGGGCCCUGCUGUGGGAUGCUCCUAACACAGAAAUCUAACUCCUCUUUCUCCCUCUAUCCUCUUCUCUCUGUGUGUAUAAAUCUAAUGGAUUUAUCAACGACAGUGACAAGAGAGUUCUAACAAUUCUAGUGUGAAGCCAAAUAGUGAUCUUUUAGUGCUUUGGGGCUGGGGUGGGCUGGGGUGGAUGGAUGGGUAACAGUGAUUUUGAUUACCCCUGCUGCUCUGCAUUUGCCAGUUUAUUAUUUUGUUUCUUCCGAAUGUUUGACGCUGUCAAACAAGUGUCAAAGUUGUGUGUUUAAAAAAAUGUUUAUCAACAAAACUAUGAUGUUGUAAUGACACAAAGCCUUAUGAAAAUAUUUAUGGAGUUCAAUAAAAGAAGUAAAAAGACA